AGGUUUCAUAAUAGCCAUGUCUUUGAACGAGAUCUUGUUUAGCUUUGUAAAAUGUUCUGCAAUUAAGUCCCCGCGCUCAAAGAUUCUUCUAUUGAAAUGACUGUACACAGUAGCGGCUUAAUUUGCUUCCUUCAAAGGACAACUCGGCAAUUUGGCAUCCCGAUGAUGCCCGAGGAAGAUGAUACUUACCCUGCUAUGGAGAAGAAGAGACCAACCGUCUGCAUUUUCUUUAAUGAUUUUAGGAAUGUCCUUAAAUUGGAUGAACUCGGGUUAGAAAUAGCACGUAUAGCAUUGCCUGCAGCUCUGGCUUUGACAGCCGACCCCAUUGCCUCAAUGGUGGACACAGCAUUUAUUGGCCAAAUAGGUUCAGUAGAACUAGCUGCUGUUGGAGUUUCUAUUGCUCUAUUUAAUCAAGUCUCGAGAAUCGCAAUAUUCCCACUUGUCAGUAUCACAACCUCUUUUGUUGCUGAAGAAGAUACUAUAGGAAGAAUGACUCCUGAUGUACAAGAAAGUGAAUUGUUGGAGACAGGUUCAACUGUAAAUGAAAGUAAAGAGUUGAUACCACAAAAUGACUCUGCUUCUGGUGCAUAUAAAUCAAAAUCGCCCAUUAGCAGCUUUGAUACUGCUAACAUCGAGAAUGAAAGAAAGCAUAUUCCCUCAGCCUCAUCCGCAUUGGUUAUCGGUGCCAUCCUUGGCUUCGUCCAAGCAAUUUUUCUCAUAUCUGGAGCAAAACCAUUGUUAAAUUUCAUGGGAGUCAGUUCUGAUUCACCUAUGCUGACCCCUGCUCAACAAUAUUUGACAUUGAGGUCACUGGGUGCUCCUGCAAUUCUUCUUUCCUUGGCAAUGCAAGGAGUCUUCCGCGGAUUUAAAGACACAAAGACUCCUUUAUAUGCCACUGUGGCUGGAGACGUUACAAACAUAAUCUUAGAUCCCAUUUUCAUGUUUGUUUUUCGCCUUGGAGUCAGUGGUGCAGCCAUUGCCCAUGUUUUAUCCCAAUACCUAAUUUCAGUUUUACUCUUGUGGAGAUUAAUGAAACAAGUUGAUCUCUUAUCUCCUAGUGUAAAAAAUCUACAAUUUGGUAGAUUUCUUAAAAAUGGUUUUCUUUUAUUGAUGAGGGUGAUAGCUGUAACGUUCUGUGUUACACUUUCUGCAUCAUUAGCUGCACGACAAGGAUCAAUAUCCAUGGCUGCAUUUCAAGUCUGCUUGCAGGUUUGGCUGGCCACAUCUCUUCUCGCUGAUGGAUUGGCUGUUGCUGGCCAGGCAAUACUUGCAAGUGCUUUUGCCAAAGGGGAGUAUGACAAGGCAAUAGCGACAGCAUCUCGUGUAUUACAGUUGGGAUUGCUUCUGGGAUUAAUGCUGGCUGUCGUACUCGGACUAGGUUUAAGCUAUGGAGCAAGAUUAUUCACUAGUGAUGUCAAUGUUCUCCACAUGAUUAGUAUAGGCAUUCCGUUUGUUGCAGGAACGCAACCCAUCAACGCCUUAGCAUUUGUAUUUGAUGGUGUCAACUUUGGAGCUUCUGAUUUUGCAUACUCUGCAUACUCCAUGGUUCUGGUGGCCGUUGGAAGCAUCUUUUGUUUACUUUUUCUCUCUUCCGCUUAUAAGUUCAUUGGAGUCUGGGUUGCUCUGACAAUAUAUAUGGGUCUCCGUGCAUCUGCUGGAUUUUGGAGGAUAGGGACUGGAACAGGGCCAUGGCGCUUUCUGAGGAGCCCGUAGCAGAUUAGUGUUGCUUCAGCCAUUGGUUUUGCAGUGUCUUUUCUACAGCUGCAACUUGUUUCCAUUAUUUUGUUUCUCAUAGAUGCCAUGUUUUUUAUUUGUAUAAGCAUUUUUUUUUUUCUAUUAUGUUCUUUGAUUAAUAAAUGACAUGAAAAUAUUGGCUCCUUCCUAUGUCCCAUUGUAAAUAAAAGUUUUAGAUGACUUGUACCAA